AUGGACGAGCUCUCCUCCGUCUUCCGCGCCUCGUCGUCGCCACGCACGCGGCGCCGGGCCAUCACGUCGUGCGACACCUGCCGCCGCCGCAAAGUCAAAUGCGACCGCAACCAUCCCAUCUGCUCGGCAUGCCGGACCGCAGGCCGCCCGUGCCUCUACAACGAGAGCUCCGUCAGGCAGCUCGGCAUCCACGCUGCCGCGCCCCCUCCCGGCAGCUCCCGCCGCCGUGGCGUCCGCAACGACAGCCCUUCCACCACUACGACCACGACUGCUACUACCUCUGGUGUGCAGCGUCGCCAACGCUCAUCGACGUCAGCGCGGUGGUCGCCUACCAGCUAUGAUGGCAUUGACACCCGCCUCGAACGCCUGGAGAGCCUGCUCGAGCGCGUCAUCCACGCCAGCAGCACUGCCGCCGCCGCCGCCCCGCCCUCGGCAUCGCAUCGGACCCCUGUCCCGGUUGCCCAGCAGCAGCAGCAGCAGCUUGAAGAAGCUGUCGACAGCCAGCAGAACAGCCGGCACGUGAGCACGCGCGCGUCCCCCGAGCAGCCUUCGCCAGCAGCAGAGCCGAUCAGGGCCGAGAAGGACGACGACGGGACGCUGCUGCUGGGCCAAGGCGGGUCGCAAUUUGUCUCUUCGCAUCAUUGGUCCUUGCUGGCCACCGAGCUGCAAGACAUCCGCGAGAUCCUCAGCACGGACAAGGAGCCGUCGACGCCCGACGUCUUCGCCGCUGCCGGCGGGCACAUCGCGCAGUUCCUACCCUCCGACACCGCGGCCUGCUACGACCUGCUCCGCAUCUUCUACCUCUACAUCGACCCCAUCACGCGCGUGGUGCACAAGCCUUCGCUCGACAAGCGCUUCGCCCUGUUCGUCCAGGAGUACGUGAAUCCGCGCUGGCCGGCGCUGGACGGCUCCGAGGAGCACCUCGAGGAGAAGCUCAGCCAUGACGGCUUACUCCAGUUCCGCUCCCUGGCCUUCGCCAUCUUCUACACCGCCGCCCACAGCCAGGCCGUCGCCUCGGGCUACGCCGAGGAGAAGCGCCGCGAGAUGGCCACGUACCGGAAGGGCCUCGAGCUGUCCCUCCUCGCUGCCGACUUCUGCGGGUCAUCCAGCCUCGAGGUGCUGCAGGCCUACGUCCUCCUCCUGAGCUGCCAACUCCGCGACGUAACAAUCGGCCGCACCUGGCCCCUCCUCAGCGUCGCCACGCGCAUGGCCAUCGCCCAGGGGCUCCACCGCGAACCCACGCUCUUCUCCCCCAUCCCCUCCGAAGUCGCCGUCGAGCUCCGGCGGCGCAUCUGGCACCAGCUGUGCUACCUGGAGUGGCGCGCCGCGGAGCUGAAGGGCAUGGUCUCGUUGUCGGCGGCGGUGCAGCAGAUCGACGAUGCGCUGACGACGCGCGUGCCGAUGAACGUGGAUGACGAGGAGUUGUCGGAACUGCGGCAGGGCCCGGGGUUGUUGGAUGCGCGGAGGAUGAUGGAGGUGGAGAGGGGGCGGUUUACGGAUACGACGUUUUUGGUGGGCAGGUCGAGGUGGGUGCAGUGCGCGAAGGUGGUGGCGGCGAAUGUGCAGGGGUUGUUUCGGAGGACGAAGGGGGGGACGGCGAGUGGGGGAGGAGGAGGAGGAGCGGUGGCAGCGGACGAGGCGCAGGUAGGCGGCGAUGCGGAGAAGUUCGCCGAGUUUGAGAAGCUGCACCGCGAGACGGGCGCGCUGGUCGACAGGACGCGCGAGCAGAACGCGACGCUCUUCCGCUUCUUGUACGACGACCCGACGCCGCUGCAGAAGCUGUGCGUGAUGACGUCGCGCAGCAUGGAGUGGAAGUGCUGGCUCACCUUCUGGUGCAGCGUGCCGAAGGACUUCCGGAAGAAGGUCAUGACUGACGACGCGCGCCGCAGAGUCCUCCACGAAUCCGUCUCCCUCCUCGAAAGCCUCAACACCACCACCGCCGACCCCACCAUCCAGGGCUUCAAGUGGUUUCUGGAGGCGCACUCGGCCUUCCAGUGCACCUUCCUCGUGCUCUCCGAGCUGCAGGAGCUGCGUUUUACGUCGCCCGAGCUGGACGGCGCCAUCCGAAGCCGCGCCAUCGAAGCGUUGAAGCAGCUCGUGCGCCUGCAUGAUGGUGACGGCGGUGGAGCAGGCCCGCAGGGGAGUAGUAGUAGGCCGUGGGCGGUUAUUAAGAAGUACAUCGAAAGGCUUGAGCGGCCGACGGAAGGGGUGGGGGAGGGGACGGGGGGACAGGGUCGGGAGGUUGGUGCUGGGGCUGGGGCUGGGCCGAUGGAUGGGGUGGUGCUGCAGGAUACUAGUGCUGCUGCUGAUGCUGUUGCUUUGGACGCUGGGAUGAUUGGAGGAGGAGGCGGGUUUGAUGAUAGUCCGUCGUCGAUGAUGGUGCUGCCGCAGCCGUUCGCGACCGAGGAGGAGCUGCUGCAGUUUACGUUUCCGCCGGGGACUGAGUGGACGGAUCCGAUGCAGGAUUUUAGUUUGUGGCAUGUGCAGUAA